AUGGCUGGAAGAGUGGACCAAGAUCUCCAAUGUCCGACCUGUUUGGACAUCUUCAAAGAUCCUGUCAUACUGCCAUGCAGUCACAGCUUCUGUCGCGCAUGUUUGCAGCAGUGGUGGGACAGGGAAGAUCGAUCAUGUCCAGUAUGCAGGACAAAGUUUGCGUCGAUGAAUCCACUUAUAAACUUAACACUGAGGAAUUUGUGUGAGAACCUUUCACGAGCCACGGAGAAGUCAGAGGACAUCUGCAACUUGGCACCUGGAGAUUUGAUUGACAACUUUUCACGAGCCUCAGUGAAGUCAGAGGACAUCUGUACCAUUCACAAUGAAGAACGCAAACUCUUCUGUUUGAACCACCAUGAGCUUGUGUGCCACAUCUGCAAAGAUGCAAGAAUCCACGCUGGCCACAAGUUCUGUCCUGUCGAUGAAGCUUUACCAGAUCUCAAAGAGAAACUCCGAAAAGACCUGCAGGAUGCCAAACAAAGACUAAAGGAAUAUAGUGACUGUAGAGAAAACUGCACCGAACAAGCAGAGUACAUCAAGGUCCAGAGGGAGCAGGUUGAAAGCAAGAUUAAGAAAGAUUUUGAGGAGCUUCAUCGCUUCCUGUGGUCUGUGAAGGAGGCCAAGUUGUCUGCUGUCAGGGAGGAAGAGAGGGUAAAGAGUCAGACAAUGAAGGAGAAGAUUCUGGCUCUCAACGGAGAAAUUGCCACUCUCUUGGAAAUUAUCAGAUGCACAGAGGAACUUCUGAUAUCUGACCACGCUUCCUUCUUGAAUAAUCUCAAGACAGUGAUAACCAGAACCCAAGAAAUGCCAAACAAUCCCAAGCUGCUCCGAGGAGCUCUGCUGGAUGAAGCCAAACAUGUGGGCAACCUUAAGUUCAGCGUGUGGGAACGAAUGAAGGAAAUGGUCUCCUACAGCCCCGUCAUUCUGGACCCGAACACGGCCCCUCCAGAAUUAAGCCUAUCUGAAGACCUGACCAGUUUGAGUUUUAUGAAAGGACAGCCUCGGCCAAACAAUCCCGAGAGGUUCAAGUUGUACUUUGUUCUUGGCGGUGCUUUAGACUCAAGAAAACACAUGUGGGACGUUGAUUUGGGAGACAACUCAGGGUGGCUACUUGGAGUGGCGUGGGGGGAGCAUUGUUUACCAGGUAAAAUGGACUAUUGUCUCAUUGGAUUUACUGAUGGUGAAUACAAAACAUUUGAUGGCGAAUUUGGACCCUGGAAUCCACCCAUGAAACUGCAGAGGAUCCGAGUUCACAUGGACACGGACAAAAAAUCUGUUUCAUUCUCUGAAUCACUUACAAACACUGAAUUAUUUUCAGAAAAUAUUAGCUUGUCCGCUAACACAAAAAUCUUUCCCUACUUUUACACAGUAAGUGAAAUUCCUCUGGAAAUAAUGCCACUUUCACCUCAUGUUAUGACUUAUGUUGAGUGA